AUGUCGCAAGGUAGACCUUUCAAAGAGGUCAGCCUCGCUGUCACAGGGGCGCAAUUCUUCAAAGAUCGGUUCCCGCACAACAGGAGGCGUGAUGACAAAGUGCCAGCAUGCUCCGAGCUAUCAUCGGGAUCAUUCAAGGUCCCAUGCAACGCGACCGGUCUUUCUCAUGUCUACAACCUCUAUUUUGUUGCCUAUGUUGACAACAUCUAUGUCUAUGAGCCACAAUUUCCAUCUCAGAGGAUUGAGCAGGAACCACUCCUGAUAAUACACACAGACCCAAAGUCAAAAACUCCCGAAGAGCAAAGACUUUACGGACACUACGCAGGUUACGGCACUCGCGCCAUCAACAAACUACUGGUGCAGCCACUAGGUAGCGAGGAAGUGGUUGCUGUUGUUCGAGAUGAUGGCGACGUUGAAGCGUACUACACGCGGCACAUAUAUAGCGCUAUCGAGAAGCGAGCCUAUUAUGAUAGCACUCUCGACGUCUUGUCUACCGACAUCAAGCCAUUCUUUCACAGAAGUGUGGGAUUAAGUGCUUGGGGAUUGGCUAUACACAGUACGGCCCGCAUGAUUGCUGUGAGCGCCAACACACAUGCCACCACAGUCUUCACCUUUGCUCUUACCGAUGGUGCUCCAGAUGACGACGAUGAAGUUCCUGACGAAGACGAGGUCUAUUAUUACGGCAUGAGCGGAGUGAUCCCACCGAAUGAUAGACGUCGAAAUGAUGUGCGUAUAUUGGCUCAUUCGGGGGGAACACACAACUUGCCGGAUAUCUGCUUUUGCAAUACUGGACACGAUCCUGCUGGUAGAUGGCUUUUGACAGCGGAUCUUCUUGGACAAGUCGCCGCGUGGGAUGUACACAGCCUACAGUUGAACCAACUCGUCAACACCGCUCUCAGCCCUCCUAUUUUUCAGGUACCCAGAGAUAGGUUCGACGAUCGCAAUGGAGUCUGGGGUCUGUUGUUCCUCGAUCCACUUGCUUUCCGGACUACGACCACGAUCGAGGAAGCGUUGGGUGUCCUUGCCAAUCACGCUGGUUUGGAUCUAGAGAAUGAAAAAGACAAUGCUAUUUGGGAUCUAGGAAAGACGGUGGACUGUAUCCAUCACGUCCGUCGUCCUUUUAAAGAUGUGGGACGUCCAGUCGAAGUGAGGAACGGCAAUUUUGCCCAUCCUCUAGAGCUACCGCGACAUAGGAACCAUGCGUUCUCGAGUAGACAUUCCGUCGGACGGACCAACGCGGAUGCCGACAGAAAUAGUGAGGAAGAGGAGCAAGAAGAAGCAGAGGAAGGGCAAGAAGAGCAAGGACAAGAAACAGAGGAGAGCGAUGAGAUGGACGACCCGUGGGAUAGCGACGACAGUUACGAGAACGGCUACGAUUCUGCUGAGGACACCCAUGUUGCUUUCACCAGGCGAGAUGGAACCAUCUGUCAGAUCGAAAAACCAAAGCCCGCAGCUCGAUUCAGACGUGGUGACAGUAUGUGUGGCGAUCUUCCAUGUCCUAUACUACAGCUCUCGUUCAAGGACAUCUACCUCUACCAACCAGCACCGAGCGGCAAGGCCUGGGACCACUUGCCUAUGCCAUCUACAAGACGUGUAUUCCAGCAACAAGUACCUGUUCCCUUCGAGACCGGAUCCGGCAAAUUCGGCCGCAUCAACAUGUAUGCACAAAUCCCGAGUCUAGGAGUUGUGGUCAUUGCGACACAAAAGGGUCGCGUUGCGAUUUUGUCUCUUACACAGACCGUUACUCGCAUGCUCGACUAUGAAAAGGUUGAAAUCAACCAAGCAUCGCUCGACAAAGCACGAAUAGAAAAACGCAUUUAUGGAUAUCGGGUAGAUCACAUUCUACCUCUGCCGAGCCAGGAAGAAGCUGGGCAUCGACCCAAAGCCGGAAUUCAUGGCAUCGCCGUGGGGCCUGUGCAGGGAACCGAGCAUGUUGAAGAUAGCCUCAAAAGAUGGCGUCUACUGGUUCAUUACCAAGACCUGUCUAUUUUGGCAUAUGAGAUUGGAAAACCAACAAGAAAUCAAUUCGACUUGGACUUGAUGGCCAUCUAA